CCUCUGUCGUCUGUCUGGACAGUGCUGAUUGGCCCUGUGCUGAUCACAUACACUCUCCCAAGAAAAUAAAAUCUCUCUAGCAAUACACACCAAACUGAGCAUGUGCAGAGUGAUCUACAUGGAUAUGCCUUAUCAGGAGAUAAGAGGGGGACACUGGAAGAAGGGGGGGAUCAGAGAAGUCAGGAUCAAACAUCCUUUUUACACAAUGCAGAAGAUUAAUCUCUUGGGUUCCACAGUGAGUAUAACAAGCAUGCUUUACUGCAUAUACAGACUGAUUUUACUGUUGUGGGUUUAGUAACACUU